ACCAAAAGUGAUACGCUGAUCACAUCACUCUGCUCAUUCAAUUACUGAAUUUUCCUCACUUUGUUCGCAAAAUAUUUCCUUCAAUUUUUCCCCAAAAUCUACAUUUUCUCUCUCCUAGGGUUUCAGAAACUACCUGUAAAAACCCUCCUUCAAAUUUCCAUGGAGUUCUCAAUUUCAGCCAUAAUUGACUCCAUUAAAGAGUCUCUCUCAGAAUACGACUACGAAAGAACAAAGAGCCACCUGGGCUUCAUCGAGUCAAGUUUCAAGAGCCAAAAAGCCGAACUCGCUCUGAAACUCAACAACUCACUCAAAGAUUGCAGCAUUCUAACAAAGGAAUUGGAGCAUUACAAGAAGGAUCAUGGCGAGUUGCUGCUCGCUAACAGCGAGUCAAGCAACGUGUUAAAUCGAUCUAAGACGAUAAUUGCUGAGGCGGAGCACGAGGUACAGAGGUUGAACAAUGAAGUGGGGAUGUUGAAGAAGCAAAACAUGCAUUUGAGUGAGGAAAAUGGGUGUUUAGAGGGGAAGACGACGAAAUUGGGAGAAGAAUUGAGGGGUUGUAAGGUGCAAUGUGAGGGUUUAAAGGAGAAAGUGGUGAAGUUGGAGGAGAGAGAAAAGGAAAAAAAUUCAAGGUUUGAGAUGGAGAAAGCGAGGUUGGAGAGAAGAUUGUGUAGUGUAAUGACUGCUGCAAAUGAGCGAUUCAGGUCGUUUGAGAAACGGGUGUCCGCAUUGGAACGAGUUGUGGCCGACGAUGAUUCUGAUUCAGGUUCACAACUGAUCGAUACAGUCCUUCAAGAUCAAGAGCAAGAGCAGGAGAGUCGUGAAGUACCACACACCGAAGAAAAGAUUGCUGCAUCAAUGCCUAGUUGCCCAAGUCCAAAAGCAAUCAGACUAACAGAUAUACCGGGACAGUCUGAGAGUUAUGAGUCGGACACAAGGCCCGCAGGGCAUGUGGAUACCGAGACAGUUGCUGAAACACUCGAUGCUGAGGAGAAUUUGGCUUCUGCUAUGCCAUGCAUCCACAAAUCUCAAUCUGCAUCUCCUACUGUUGUUGAUUUAACUUGCUCUGAUGAUGAUGAUGGUGAACUGCCUUCGCCAAAGGGAACUAAAAGGAAGCUAUCAUCAGCUGUAGUUUCUACCAAGGAGGAGGAUGGUGGCAGUUCCAUCAAAUACAGGCUGAAACAGUGUGAGCAGAAGAUUGAGGUAAUCCACUCUUGACUUCAGUGCUUUGUACCCUUCGAUUUAUGGUUGGAAUUCUCUACUGUGUAUACGGAUGCGAGGAAUUCGCCACAUUCGAUAUCUAAAAGACUUUCAUGUAUAUAUAACCUAAGUCUUCUAACUAGAUAAUUCAUACUAAUUGAAAGUUAUGGUUGUGCAUGAUGCUGCAAUAGGAUGAAAUGACUUUUUAUGUUAUGUUCUCUCAAAGGCCUACUUCUACGGUGUCAUGCCUUGACUGAUGUAAAUGGAUUUAUGGAUGUAAACGUACUGAGUUGGGAUACACUACAGCGGUUUUGUAAUCAUCUACUCCUAUGAAGUUAUUUAUCGGGGAAGCUUAUGCACUGGAGAAGUAGUAAUUGCUUAAUGCUCA